UUCAAUGCUUUGACGGUUGCUUUCUAAACAAAGCUCUGGUGCUGCGGUUUGCUCCACGUGUGAAGUGACUUAAAUGUUUAGUUUGGUUAGUGUUUCUUGACAAAAUGUCAAAUCCGAACGAUUCGAAGAAAGAGAAAAUCAAGAAGAAGAGAAAGAAGCAAAUAGACAGUCAGGGUCAAUCUAAAGACGAAAAUAUGAUCGAUGAAAGAAAUGUAGGAGAGCAAGAUGUAAGAAAGACACCGGAUAGACAGAGAAAGGCAAAAACAGCAAAGCGGAAGGGAUCCACUAACAUAGCUGCAGGUAGCCAUGUGUUUACUGAUGAUGGACCAUCGUCUCAAGUCGAUAGCGGCUUUGCCGAAGUUGGACAUGAUGAUGUCACUGAGCCACCACAAGAGAACGUGUUUGAACAGAAUGAAGAGGGUCAUCGGAAGCAUAAACACAGACACAAGGGAAAGAAAAAAUCUGUCAAGUCUGUAGCUUUGCAAGAGUCUGCUAUUGAACCACCAGAAAGAACUCCAGAAGAUCAAGUUCUGGCUGUGACUGUCCACCAAGCUGGCAAACUGCGUCCUACUGUCUACAUAGCCCAUCCUGUCGUUCGUAUACACAUAGUAAACACUCAAACGGGCACGUACGUCAAGAAGCUUCACUCUUCUCGUCACGUGACGUCAUACUUUGAGACAGACAACUCAUCAGUUGAUUACGUCCUACCUGUGCUAUCACAACCAUUUGAUAUCAAACAGCAUAAAUCUUUGUCUCCCGUUUGGGAGGAGAUGCUUGUCUUCAAUGAAGAUUUUUCUUACUUUCUAUCUAACCGCGAUAUUCUUUUCUUUUUUGAGAUUUUGGACUUCUUAGGAAUGGGAGCAACAGAACACAAAUGGAGGGGUCAGAAGACGUACAAAGGCUGGCACCACAUUGCGUGGGCUUUCCUCAAACUCCACAGCUCAACAGGAGACGUCAACACUGGUCGACGCAUUCGACUGCAACUCUUUGAAUUUCCAAGCAGAAAACGAGUCGGAACUCCAGCUGCGGGCACCAUUGACAUUUUUCAUGUUUAUUCUCAUUGUGAGAGAAUUCUGUAUCCAUCGACAUUACAUGUUACUGUUUGUGGCAUCCCGCUUGCUCAACUUGAGUCAUGUGGACAGACGUGUCCCAAUUUGUUGCGGUCGUUACUGCCUACAGAGCAAGAAAGAGGUCGUCAGACAUUUGAAGAACUGGACAGUGAAACUACAAUGAGACUGAAAGGCGGAGUGUCUUCACAUUCAAUGAAGCACACGAGGCCAACCAUUUGGACGAGAAUUCCUGGCCAGGCAUGUCGGAUUCCCAACAAGAAACAGCACACUUUGCAAUCAGGCAAGAAAGGCUGCUUCGUUCUCAAGUUUUCUCACGAUGGACACAGUCUAGCAGCUGGAUGUGGUGAUGACCACACAUUUCCAGUCAUUAUCUAUGAAAUUCCUUCUGGUUUAUGCAAAGCACAGUUUUAUGGUCAUUAUAACAUUGUGUACGACAUGUCUUGGUCAUCUGAUGAUCUACAGUUAGCGUCUGCGUCGUCUGACGGUACAGUUAGAGUGUGGAGUGUCUUAGCUGACGACGACGAUGUGCACAAAAUCCUUCCUCAUCCCUGCUUCAUGUACAGCGCACAACUUCAUCCUGCAUGUUCCAACAUUGUAGUCACAGGUGGAUAUGAUAAGAUUGUACGAGUGUGGACAACAGCAGUGUUUGACAAAUACGGACAGCUGUUGAGGGAAAUGGAUGGACACAGAGGUCUGGUGAACAGCAUUGCAUUUGACUCUCAAGGCAUCAAAAUGUUCUCCGCAGACAGCACAGGCACCAUCAUCAUGUGGAAAGCGAAUAUCACUCAACGACAACAAUCCAAUGUUGAAAACUGGACGAUCUUGAAAGAGAUUGCGAACUCAGAGUUGAAGGGAAUUUCUAUUAAUCAUAUCGAAGUUCAUCCGAACGGACGUCGUUUGUUGAUUCACUGUCGAGACAAUGUUGUGCGGCUGUUUGAUCUUAGAGUUUUCAACGUAAUGCAGCAGUUUGUUGGUGCGACUAACUAUCGAGAACAUCUACACAGCACAGUUACACCAUGUGGCACAUUUGUGCUCUCAGGAUCAGAAGACGGUCAUGCCUAUGUAUGGAAUUGCAACUCGGGAGAUCAGGUGGCUGUCUACUCUGAUUUAGGCUUUGGACGUCCAGUCUCAGACGUCGCUUUCCAUCCACAUGACCACAUGGCUGCCUUCUGCUCGUUCGGUGACAACCAACCGAUUCUCAUCUACAAAUACAAGUCGGAAGGACAAUCACAUGAAGUGAGUGAAAACACAGAAGACACACGUAGGGAAGGCCCAAGUUUGAAACGCAUUGUGGGACUUCUUGGGGCGGCUACAAAGUCAGGCUCAUCUGCUGCACCAUCCGCAUUGCAAGAGAAACGUUCUCUAGCGGAUGUUGCCAGUCAAGUGAUGUUGGUUGAUCGUGUGGCACAGAGAUUGUCGUCGGCUCUACGAACUUCUAAACCAACAGCAAGAUUCUCAUCUUUAUCUUCUUCUAAGCCAUUGAGCACCAUUACUUCCACUGAUCUAGACACAUCCAUGAAGUCAACAGACUUGUUGAGUUCUGCUCGACACAAGGAGCCCACAUUAGCUGCAGCAUAUGCGGCUUCAUUGAGAGAUACCUGGCAUCCAAGUUUCACAUCAGUGGAAGGGCAGCAAGAGCAGGAGGAUGAUUACAAAGAAUUACGAAGUUCAACGUCUCCUCACACUGUCCCAAGCUGGAAGCUCAGCUCACAACUUGCAACGACAAAAGUACGGCAGCGACGCCAAUCAUCCGACUUCUCCAAGGCACAACGUCUUGCGGCCAUAGCCUAUCGUCCGAAUUUUAGUUUGAAUGCCAGUUUGCCACCGUCCAUUGGCACUCCUCCACGUACCGAACAGGCGAAGGCGUUGUAUGAUUAUAAAGCUUCACGGGGUGACGAACUGUCGUUCUCUUGUGGAGAUAUUAUUGAUGUUGUGUUCAAAGAAAGUGAGAACUGGUGGGUUGGUCAGUUAUCAGACAGCAUGCAGGGCUAUUUUCCAUCGAACUAUGUGAUAGUGUUGGGAGAUGAGAGUGCAGGGAAAGAAGCUCAUCAGGAGGAAGAGGUAGAUGAACUCGUGGAGACUACAGGGACGUCAACAAUUUCUGUAUUCGGAGAACAAACUGCUACACUUUCUCAGCCACUUCAACAGAAAAGCGUUGAUAUCAAUCAUGGUCAAACUCAGUCACAUAGGAAAAUUGACAAGCAAACAAGAAGGAAGAAACGAAUGAAGAAACAGACAGAGCAAGCAUAAUGCCCGGAUGUCUUAUCAGACAUGACUGUAAAUACGACUGCUGCAACAACAACUCGUUUAGUUGCUGACUGUUGCUUUUAUACUGCUUAGCUAAUAGUCAAGAGAUCAUCUAACUUUGAUAUAAAAUGUAAUUGAAGAUAAUGACAGCAACCUUCCUGCUUUCCUCUCGAUUUCUUUACACGUUAUAGUUACAUGACAUUAUG